UUUUCGAUUGUGAUGGAAUGCGGAUUUUCAAAUAGUGGUGGGAAUAGUCUUGGUGAGAUAGAACUAAAAUUUUUGAAGAGUUUACAGUCCAAUUUACAAACUGAUGAAGAUUUUAGAGAUAAAGACCCGUUGGUGAUUAAUUUUUUGAGCGAAAGAAUCGUGGACAAUGUUGCAAUGAUAAACGAAAAAGAAGUUAGCUUUCAAGUAAAGCCAAAUCAGGUGGAAAUGAGUGUCAUUAUUAUUGGGAAUGUUUCGAGGAUUGAAUUAAAAAUGCCCAUCGGUGAGUUGGAAAAAUUAUACAAACUUGAUUAAUACAUC